GGCACCGGCCGAAGAGCCAGGAGGCGCCAGUCCCUUCCUGCUUCCCUGCUCCUUCCUCGGCCAGAGCCCCGCGGGAGGAGGACUGGGCAGCAGCAGCAGCAGCAAGCGAGGCUCCUCCUCGGCCAAGUAACUCCGGCGGAGCCUCCUCCUCCUCCAGGCUCUGGAGGAGAUUUGGGGUUUUCUUACCUGUGGCUCCGCACUCGGCAUCCCAGCCCUCGCUGCUGCUGCUUGUUGCUUCUUCUUCUUCUUGUUGCUUCUUUUUCCUCCUGCAGCGAUCCAGGCAACAACCGGAGGAGCCGGACUGGCCGGGAAGGCGAGCUUUUUUCCGGCUGUGCCUGGGAAAGGGAGCCAAAGCAAGGAAGGAAGGAAGGAAGGAAAAGUUCUCCCAACUGGCCAUGGCUGCCGAGGUCGGCGGGAAGACGGCGGCGGCGGCGGCGGAGCUGGUGCUGGUGGCGCUGCUGCUGGGCUCCUUGGUGGGGCCUUCGGGAGCCUUCCUGGGAGCGGCCCGAGGGCAGUUCUCGGCAGGAGGUUGCACAUUUGAUGAUGGUCCAGGACCCUGUGAUUACCAUCAAGACCCAUACGAUGACUUUGACUGGGUUCAUGUUAGUGCUCAGGAGCCCCACUACCUGCCACCUGAAAUGCCUCCUGGAUCAUACAUGAUAGUCGAUUCUUCUCACCACAGCCAAGGAGAAAAGGCUCGACUUCAGCUUCCUACAAUGAAAGAGAAUGACACUCACUGUAUUGAUUUCAGCUACCUUUUGUAUAGCAAGAAAGGAGCAAGCCCUGGAACUCUGAACAUCUUGGUCAGAGUAAACAAGGGGCCUUUGGCAAAUCCCAUUUGGAAUGUGACAGGGUCCACUGGCAAAGACUGGCUACGGGCAGAGCUGGCUGUCAGCACCUUCUGGCCAAAUGAAUACCAGGUAAUAUUUGAGGCUGAAGUCUCAGAUGGAAGAAACGGCUACAUCGCCAUUGAUGACAUCCAGGUUUUGAGUUACCCUUGUGAUAAAUCUCCCCAUUUCUUGAGGCUGGGGGAUGUGGAGGUCAAUGCAGGCCAGAACGCUACAUUUCAGUGCAUUGCUACAGGGAGGGAUGCAGUGAAUAAUAAAUUAUGGCUGCAGAGACGUAACGGAGAAGAUAUUCCAGUGGCCCAAACUAAAAAUAUCAAUCACAGACGAUUUGCUGCUACCUUUAAGCUUCAAGAAGUAACAAAAACAGACCAAGAUUUAUACCGUUGUGUUACUCAAUCUGAGAGAGGAUCUGGAGUCUCAAACUUUGCUCAACUAAUUGUUCGAGAACCUCCUCGGCCAAUAGCACCUCCACAGUUGUUAGGCGUUGGACCAACUUACUUGCUGAUUCAGUUGAAUGCUAAUUCCAUCAUUGGGGAUGGGCCCAUUAUCCUGAAAGAAGUAGAAUACCAUAUGACAACUGGGACAUGGACAGAAACCCAUGCGGUAAAUGCACCAACUUAUAAACUGUGGCAUUUGGAUCCUGACACAGAGUAUGAGGUCCGUGUUCUUCUAACAAGACCUGGAGAAGGUGGUACUGGUCAGCCAGGCCCUCCGCUUAUCACCCGAACCAAAUGUGCAGAGCCCAUGAGAACUCCCAAAACCUUGAAGAUUGCUGAGAUCCAGGCACGACGUAUUGCCGUCGAUUGGGAAUCUCUAGGAUACAACAUUACUCGCUGCCACACUUUUAAUGUCACCAUCUGUUACCAUUACUUCCGUGGUCACAAUGAAAGCAAGGCAGACUGCCUGGAUAUGGACCCCAAAGCCCCUCAGCAUGUUGUGAAUCACUUACCUCCAUACACAAAUGUGAGCCUCAAAAUGAUCUUAACUAACCCUGAAGGAAGGAAAGAGAGUGAGGAGACAAUUAUCCAAACAGAUGAAGAUGUGCCUGGUUCUGUACCUGCAAAAUCAUUGAAGGGAACCCCUUUUGAAGACAAGAUCUUCCUGAACUGGAAAGAACCUAUGGAGCCAAAUGGCAUCAUCACACAAUAUGAGGUCAGUUACAGCAGUAUAAGAUCGUUUGAUCCUGCUGUUCCAGUGGCAGGACCAUCUCAGACUGUGUCAAAGUUAUGGAACAGUACACAUCAUGUCUUUUCCCAUCUACACCCUGGGACUACCUAUCAGUUUUAUAUAAGGGCCAGCACUGUCAAAGGAUUUGGACCACCCACAGCCAUCAAUGUAACCACUAAUAUUUCAGCUCCAACAUUACCUGACUAUGAAGGAAUUGAUGCAUCUCUCAAUGAAACUGCCACAACUAUAACCGUACUCCUGAGACCAGCCCAGGCUAAAGGUGCUCCCAUCAGUGCCUAUCAAAUUGUUGUUGAAGAGCUCCAUCCUCAUCGAAACAAACGAGAAACUGGCGCAAUGGAUUGCUACCAGAUUCCUGUCACAUACCAGAAUGCUCUAAGUGGUGGCUCGCCAUAUUAUUUUGCUGCAGAAUUGCCACCUGGUAACCUUCCUGAAGCAGCCCCUUUCACAGUUGGUGACAACAGAACUUACCAAGGCUUUUGGAACCCACCUUUGGCUCCCCGGAAAGGGUAUAAUAUCUACUUCCAAGCCAUGAGUAGUGUUGAGAAGGAGACCAAAACCCAGUGUGUUCGAAUUGCUACCAAAGCAGCAGCAACAGAAGAACCAGAGGUAAUUCCUGACCCAGCCAAGCAAACAGAUCGUGUUGUGAAAAUAGCUGGAAUAAGUGCUGGAAUUUUAGUCUUCAUUCUCCUCCUUCUCCUUGUCAUAUUAAUUGUCAAAAAGAGAUAUAUAACAUGGAGAAGAAACGUCUGCAUUAGAAACCUUAGGAGGAGCUACUAUUCUUACUCCUACUACCUCAAACUUGCAAAGAAACGCAAGGACGCAAUGGGAAACACUAGACAAGAAAUGACUCAUAUGGUAAAUGCAAUGGAUAGAAGUUAUGCUGAUCAGAGCACCUUGCAUGCGGAGGAUCCUCUUUCUGUCACCUUUAUGGACUCCCAUAACUUUAGCCCCAGAUUGCCCAAUGAUCCACUUGUGCCGACUGCUGUGUUAGUCCCUAUAACUGAUGAAAACCACAGUGCAACAGCAGAGUCAAGUCGCCUGUUAGAUGUGCCCCGCUAUCUCUGUGAAGGAACAGAAUCCCCAUACCAGACAGGCCAACUACAUCCUGCUAUCCGAGUUGCUGAUUUGCUGCAGCAUAUUAACCUCAUGAAAACAUCUGAUAGCUAUGGUUUUAAGGAAGAAUAUGAGAGCUUCUUUGAAGGGCAGUCAGCUUCUUGGGAUGUAGCAAAAAAGGAUCAAAAUAGAACAAAGAAUCGAUAUGGAAACAUCAUAGCAUAUGAUCACUCCAGAGUGAUAUUACAACCUGUUGAGGAUGAUCCUUCUUCAGACUACAUUAAUGCAAAUUACAUUGAUAUUUGGCUGUACAGGGAUGGGUACCAGAGACCAAGCCAUUACAUUGCAACUCAAGGUCCAGUCCAUGAAACAGUGUAUGAUUUCUGGAGAAUGAUAUGGCAAGAACAAUCAGCAUGCAUCGUUAUGGUGACAAAUUUAGUUGAAGUUGGACGGGUUAAAUGCUACAAAUAUUGGCCAGAUGACACUGAAGUUUAUGGAGACUUCAAAGUUACUUGUGUGGAAGUGGAACCACUUGCAGAAUAUGUGGUCAGGACAUUCACUCUUGAAAGGCGAGGUUACAAUGAAAUCCGAGAAGUUAAACAAUUCCACUUUACUGGAUGGCCGGAUCAUGGAGUACCUUACAAUGCAACAGGCCUUCUUUCAUUUAUACGCCGUGUGAAACUAUCUAAUCCUCCAAGUGCUGGGCCUAUUGUUGUGCAUUGCAGGUGUGUAGAGAAGAGUGCUGGAGCAGGACGAACUGGCUGCUACAUUGUAAUUGACAUAAUGCUAGACAUGGCAGAAAGAGAAGGUGUUGUGGACAUCUACAACUGUGUCAAAGCAUUACGUUCACGCCGCAUCAAUAUGGUACAGACAGAGGAACAGUAUAUCUUUAUUCAUGAUGCAAUUCUGGAAGCCUGCUUAUGUGGAGAAACUGCCAUCCCUGUAUGUGAAUUCAAAGUUGCAUAUUUUGACAUGAUUAGAAUAGACUCUCAAACAAACUCUUCACAUCUGAAAGAUGAAUUUCAGACCCUAAAUUCUGUGACUCCUCGACUACAAGCUGAAGACUGCAGUAUAGCAUGUUUGCCAAGGAACCAUGACAAAAACCGCUUUAUGGAUAUGUUGCCACCUGAUAGAUGUCUACCCUUCUUAAUUACUAUUGAUGGCGAAAGCAGCAAUUAUAUCAAUGCUGCCCUUAUGGAUAGUUACAGGCAGCCUGCCGCUUUCAUUGUCACACAGCACCCUUUGCCAAACACUGUGAAAGAUUUUUGGAGACUGGUAUAUGACUAUGGGUGUACCUCUCUUGUGAUGUUAAAUGAAAUUGAUUUAGCACAGGGAUGUCCACAGUAUUGGCCAGAAGAAGGAAUGCUGAGAUAUGGUCCAAUUCAAGUGGAAUGCAUGUCUUGCUCUAUGGAUUGCGAUGUAAUAAACAGAAUCUUCAGGAUAUGCAAUUUAACAAGGCCUCAGGAAGGUUAUUUGAUGGUACAGCAAUUUCAGUAUCUGGGAUGGGCAUCUCACAGGGAUGUUCCAGGCUCCAAACGGUCAUUCUUGAAGUUAAUUCUUCAAGUUGAAAAGUGGCAAGAAGAAUGUGAAGAAGGGGAAGGGAGAACGAUAAUUCACUGUCUGAAUGGCGGUGGACGAAGUGGAAUGUUCUGUGCCAUAGGCAUUGUAGUGGAAAUGGUUAAAAGGCAAAAUGUCAUUGAUGUUUUCCAUGCAGUAAAAACUUUACGGAACAGUAAACCAAAUAUGGUAGAAACGCCGGAGCAAUAUCGUUUCUGCUAUGAUGUCGCACUGGAAUACCUUGAAUCAUCUUAGUCGGAAAGGAUGGAUGCAAUCAAAUGAACCAAAUAAUAUGAAAUUUAAUAAAUUGUGUUUUGCCAUCAGCUGUGGAACCUGUGAAGAAAGAUUUUAGUGAAGGCGAGGCUUAAUUUUUAAAUGCAAAAGUAUUUUUCUUAAUAAAUGGUGUAUCUUAAUUAUAUAUAAAUAUAAAUAUAUAUAUAUAUAUAUAAAGAACUGUUUUUAUGCCUGUACACAGUAUGAUCAUAUGAUGCCACAAAUAUAAAGAGCCAAGGCAGAGUGUGUCCUCUGUUGGAGGUAGGACUUUUCAGUGUUUGUAUAUUCAGCUGUCUCUUAGUUACACUAGAACCACCAUCUGUUGCAUGUAUAUGUUUCAACUUUUUAUUUCCCUAUUUGUCCCUAUUUUGAUAAACUGUCAACAAACAACUGUGCAGUUUGAUAGUCUCUAUAUGUUUCACGUGUCGCAAGGGAAAAAUUAUACAUACACAUACAUACAUAUGUAUAUAGUAUGUAUGAUAACUGGUUUAUUUUGUUUUAAUGUGCAAUGAUGGCCUGAUCAAAGUUCUUUAUAAUGAAAUUUACACAUAAGCCAAAGACUCAAGUGUACAUAUGUCUAUAUGAUGAAGAAAGCACAUUGUAUUUAUUGUUUACUGACAUUCCUUUUCUGAUGGAUAAACAAACACUUUUUUCCUCAGAAACAUUUUUGUUGUUACUGAAAUCAAAUGUAAAUGAUUUUGUAGAUUAUUUUUUGUAUGCUUUUGUGUAAGGAGAGAGAGGGGGCUGGGGAGACUUUUUAUGUGUAGGCCAGAAAACACUGAUACAGUGAUUAUUUGUUGUGUACAUGCUAAUGAAUGAAGUCAACAUAAACUACUUGGUUAAGGAAGACAAAACUCAAAACCUCUAUUCUCAAAAUGUAUAGAUUUUUUUAAAGUUUAAUAAGAUGAAUCAGAUGGAAACUGCACACAUCUAUGCCUAUGAUUUGCAUAAUUGUGAGAGAAAUUUCAUUAUUUUUAAAGGAACAAAAUAGAUUAACAAUGAAUGCUUGAAACAUAAAGAAAACAAAUAAACAAGCAAGGCUUGGUUAGAAAAAUAUUCCAAGUAAAAAGAACAUAUUUCUUUUUAAUGUAUUCAAGGUUGCGGGGACAAUCCUAGGCAGCCAUAGCGUGGGCAAGGGUGCAUGCAGCCUCCUCCACUCCAUCCUCAUACUGAAAGACGUUGGCUGGAUCUGCACUGCAGAAGUAAUGCAGUUUGACACUGCUUUAACUGCUUGGCUCCAUCCUACAGAAUCCUGCUAUUCGUAGUUUGUUGUUACACCAGAACUCUCUGACAGAGCAGACUAAAUAUAUCACAAAACAACAAAUCCCAGCAUUCCAUAUCAUCAAUUCCAUGGCUGUUCAAGCAAUAUCAAACUGCUUCAAUUCUGCAGUUCAAAUGCAGCCUUUGUUAAAGUUUUAUUCAGUCAUUACCUGGCUGAACAGGAAACCCUCCCUCCCCCUUUAAAAUUUCCUUCCCAGUUCAGCCAAGCAAUUAGCUGUUGUGAAAACUGUUAAUACACCUCCAGCAUGCACACAUGCCCUCCCAACUGGUUGUCUAGGUUUGUGGCAAUGGAUGCUUUGUGUUCUGACAAAGCCAAAAUGGAUUGAAUCAAUUCCAUAGUUAGGCUAUAGCUUUAGUAUCUUUUUACUUUGCUCUUCAUGUGCACAUUCAUAAGCCUGGGCGUAUUUUCUUAAUGACAAAUAUUUCUGUGUCUUGUUGAUUUUUUCAAUCAAGAGUUAAUGACAAGGUGCUUAUAAAUACCCAUGUAAAGUAAGAGUGAAAUAAAGAACUUUUAUAAAAUG